CGCGGCGGGGCUCCCCAGCUGGCCGCUGCCCUUCGCUCCAAGUGUCUCUCUCCAAGCUGACACCCUGUGCCGGUGACAGCCACAGGUCACGGCUGCCGGCGAAGCUGAGCCACAGCGCUUGCAGCACCCCUGGGUGUCUCGGGAGCAGUCGCGCCGGGUCCAUGGAGACGGGCCCGCUGCCGGCGGAGAAGCCGAGGGGACCCCGGUGCACCAAUGGGUUCCCCGAGCGGGAGCUGUCGCGGCCCGGGGCCAGCCGGCCUGCCGAGAAGUCCCAGCCGCCCGAGGCCAAGGGCGCACAGCCCGCCGAUGCCUGGAAGGCAGGGCGGCCCCGCAGCGAGGAGGAUAACGAGCUGAACCUCCCCAACCUGGCGGCCGCCUACUCGUCCAUCCUGCGCUCUCUGGGCGAGGACCCCCAGCGGCAGGGGCUGCUUAAGACGCCCUGGAGGGCGGCCACCGCCAUGCAGUUCUUCACCAAGGGAUACCAGGAGACCAUCUCAGAUGUCCUGAAUGACGCCAUAUUUGAUGAGGACCAUGAUGAGAUGGUGAUCGUGAAGGACAUAGAUAUGUUUUCCAUGUGUGAGCAUCACCUCGUUCCAUUUGUGGGAAGGGUGCACAUCGGUUAUCUUCCUAACAAGCAGGUCCUUGGCCUCAGCAAACUUGCCAGGAUUGUAGAAAUCUAUAGUAGAAGACUACAAGUUCAAGAACGCCUCACCAAACAAAUUGCGGUGGCCAUCACGGAAGCCUUGCAGCCUGCCGGCGUUGGGGUAGUGAUUGAAGCAACACACAUGUGUAUGGUAAUGCGAGGGGUGCAGAAAAUGAACAGCAAGACUGUCACCAGUACCAUGCUGGGCGUGUUUCGGGAAGACCCCAAGACUCGGGAAGAGUUUCUGACGCUCAUCAGGAGCUGAACUUCGGUGUGUGCACAUGGCCCGGCGCACAGACCCCACUGCUCCCGGCAUUGUCUGCCUCGAUCAUGCAUUCCAGUUUCAAUUUGUACAGAUUGAGUUUUGUUUCUCACCAUGAAUUGUAUUUAAUAAUUAUUUAUAGAUAUGUCAAAUAAGAGAAAUUAACUAAGGGGUGAGCCUUCUGUUUUCUUUUUGCCACUUUCUUAGUGGCAGUGUUUGGAGUAAAUUGCCAAGAGUAUAGGUUAACCGCACCAACCACUGCCAUGCAGAUUCCCCAGGAUGCAAAGGAGGAGAACUUAUACAUUUGGUUGAAAUCAUAAUUGACUCAUUAGCAGAGGGCACUGGACAUUCCAGGAGCUGUGGCCACUGUGCCGGGGUUUCCACCUCCAGUGGGCGUGGUAGAAUGCUGAAGGAAGUGCAGGAGACAUUGGGUGUACAGAGAGAGACUGUAGACUGUAGACUCCGCUCUGCUUCCCUCAUGCUUGUGAAACUGCCAGUGAUGUUUUACUCUUGUGAUGGUCACUAGCUGUCUACCUGUAACACCAGCUUCUGAGGGAGGGCGGUGGGGUAUCUGACUUUAGCUUUGCUGUGAGUUAAGUGGGCACUUCCUGUAUUUUAGACUUGAGUGGAGGGAAUUCGUUCCUGGAUUGAGUUCAUCCCAUGGCGGCAUGCGUGGAUGUUGAGGGUUGACUUUGUGCCUUGAUGAGACUAUCACACCAUUUGGAGUGGAGGGACUUUCACGUUUUAGGAAAAGCCAUUACUUCAUAAGCUGACAAGUGCCAGCUCUGCAGGUAACUAGCCAUCGCAAUUUCUCAGGAGGAGUUCUGGGAGUUUGUUUUGUCUGUUCCAAGGAGAGACUUCAAAGCAUUUUCACACACUCUUGCGAAGUAUUUUUCUAAGUAUUUCCAGCCCCCUUUGAAACUGCCUAUCCUGUUAGCUCUGCAAACUCCUAGCUCCUCUGAACUGGAAGGAACACAGAAGGGGCUGAGGGAGGCCUGCAUGGGGGCUGUGCCCACUGCAUGGGCCGAAUCAUGCUGCUGCUGCUGCUGGUGUCAGUGCAGGUGCACUGGGGGCUUUGGUUGAGGUUCUUCCUUGUGAGUGUGUGUCCUGUUUUAAGUACAAGUCCUUUCAGAUGGUGCCGCUGCUCAGGAGGCAUGGCUUGUCACCACUUACUUUCAGUGUCCUGCACUGGGGCAGUGUGGGCCAAAUGAAAGCACAGCGCCUCGUUCCCCUGCACACACACGGACACACACACACACACACACACACACACACACACGGACAGAGCUAGUCCAUGGCGAGGUCUCCCACUGGCUGACAGUGUCUCCCCCUGCUCCUGCCACUGCCACUGAGACACUCAUCAGCUUAUGGUGAAGCAAUGACGGAGCUGGCUUUUAAUUUUAUUAAUUUUUUUAUCUCUACCUCUGCCUGGCACUUUUUAUAGUUAGUUUCUAAAGUAUAGUCAGGUUAUUUUGAGUUCCUUUUAAAAUCUGACCUGAUAGCAAUGUUAGCCCACUUACUAUUCAGAUAUUUCUAGGUAGAAUGCUAACACUCUUGCUUGGUAUUUUAAAGGAAAAACCAGUGUGACUCGGCUUAGAGGACCAAAGAAAUUGUUCGCUAUACCUUCAUCUUUCUGGGGUGAUCAUUUAUAUCCCUUCUGAAUGGCUCUGUUCGCUCAUUCCCUAGAAACUCUUAACAAAAGUGACGUGUCCACAGGCUAGUCUCAUCAGUAGUUACAGAGUGACCACCUUGUCUGUUUCACUCUGGUCUGUAGUACUUCAGAGUUACCCUUUCACACCGUGACACUGAGUCCAUUUGGGAGAUUUUUAAGAAUUUGAUGUAUUUGCAUAUACUGUUCAAUUACAUGGUUUGGAUUUUCUGUAUGUGUAUGUAUGUCCCUGAAGUUGGUUCUAUUUAAAUGAUUAAAGUGUUAUAAUUUG